AUGGUAAGACUCACUUACGAUAGCGGCGACACGUCUGGGAAUGCGCCACGUCUACGGUCCGACUUUGGAAAUGAUCAUGCACACAAUGGAUUCCGGACUAGGUGCGUUCCUCUAAGUCUUUCUACGAAUAUGACCAAGUUGCGAAAACAAGGUCAAACAACUUAUAUACGACAGGAGACUGCGACCACACAAGAGGCCACAGCAUCUUGGUCUACAUAUCUUCUAAUAAAUAAGGUUUGCACAUUCAAAACGAAUAAAUACCAAGUAAGAUGA